AUGGUCAUAUCUCUUGUAGCAAAGUUCGACAACGCUGGCAAGGCUGUCUGGUUUGUUAACGGGAUUCUCGUCCCGCAUUUUGAUCGUGGGUUCGACAAAGAGUGGGUAAAAUGGGGGACGAGCGCCAUAGAUGUGAUACGCGACCAGAGCCGCUGGGACCCUUCCAACAUUGAGUACUUGGAGUCUGUGACCGAUGCCAAAUGGAGAGUUGUUGUUAAAAAUGGGGUCUAUGCGACGAUGUUUCGUGUUUGGAAGAAGUACCAGGGAGAUGCAGGCAAAGGGCGGGAGUGGUUGGAUAAACGCAGGAUGUUGAACAGACGUCAAUCCCGGAAGGAUGCGAAAGCUAAAAGUUGCAUGGCAGCGCUCAAAGGAUUGGGACUUGAAGUCGGGGGAUUCAAAUUUACCGGCGACCCCGGUUUUCAAUCGUCCGAAUAUUCAGACCCGGACGAUCAGAGCCGCCGUGUUGUUCAGGAACCCGAGUACCGAAUCGCAAAGCUUGUCCAAUUUUUGGGGGCGCUUGAUAUUGCAUACAAAGACAACAAGAAACAAUGCGGAAAUCAAAAGGUCACGCGCCGGGAUUUUGAUAAGGUCAAUAACAAUGUACCUAAGCUCAAGAAGGGGAAGAUACCGGCUUUGUCAUGA